AUGCUGUUGUGCCCUUGCUUUUUUGUGAGAACAACUGCUGACGCUGGGGGUUGUUUGAUGUAUACAGAGUGCCGGAACUCCAAGGAGUGCGCCCCUGCCAAGCACCACUUUGACGAGUGCGUCGAGCGUGUCACCGCUGCCCAGUCCGAGGAGGGCGGCGCCAAGGAGGACUGCGUCGAGGAGUUCUUCCACCUUGCCCACUGCGCUACCGCCUGCGCCGCGCCCAAGCUCUGGUCCGUCCUCAAAUAAAUUCACGCAAAUUUAUCAACCCUUCUCGAUGGUCCCCCUCUCUGUUUACCAACCACCAAUCACGGACCCGGCUUUCUUCUUCUAGACUCUUAGGAUACGGAUGGGGCGCCCUUUUUUUCUCGGCACAUUGCAUGCAUGG